AUGGCAGCAGAACGGAAACCGACGUUCUUCCAGUCUCUCGCUGCUGGUGGAUUGGCGGGAACAGCGGUCGACCUACUGUUCUUCCCGAUAGACACUAUCAAGACGCGUCUGCAAUCUGCGCAGGGAUUCGUCAAGGCUGGCGGCUUUCGCGGGAUUUACAAAGGUGUGGGCAGUGUGGUUGUUGGAAGCGCCCCAGGAGCUGCUGCGUUCUUCUCUACAUAUGAAGCCAUGAAGCAUUCGAUUCCUCUUCAUGACCAACUUGCGCCUGUAAACCAUAUGUUAUCCGCGUCUGUGGCAGAAGUGGCUGCUUGUUUGAUACGUGUUCCUACGGAAGUCAUCAAGACCAGGACGCAAACAUCGAUGUAUGGUGCUUCGGCAUCUUCGUUUAAAGCCACAACGCUGGUCCUGCAACAUGACGGCAUUCGAGGGUUCUAUCGUGGUUUUUUGACUACUAUCAUGCGCGAGAUACCCUUUACAUCACUCCAAUUCCCGUUAUAUGAGUUUCUCAAACAUCGAUUAUCAAUAUAUCUGGACCGAAAAUCCCUAUAUGCACACGAGGCUGCUGUCUGUGGGAGCAUAGCAGGAGGGACUGCAGCAGCGGUAACAACGCCGCUCGAUGUUCUUAAAACACGUGUCAUGCUUGAUCUAAGAGACCCUUCGAAGCAGCAAGUGCCAAGUCUUCCUAUGCGACUGCGGCAAAUCUACGUGCAAGAGGGCACAAAGGCUCUUUUUGCAGGUGUGGUGCCGAGAACGAUGUGGAUAUCUGCAGGAGGAGCUGUCUUCCUCGGCGUCUAUGAAUGGGCCGUUCAUGGUUUGAUGAGUACUUAA